GACUUAAGGCCAAACGUAUUUGGCUUGGCGGCUUGGCCUCAAAAAAAUUGAAAUGAAGAUGACGGUCGUAUGAGGUUUGCUAUGAUAUAAAUUAAUACAAUAGGUAUUUAAUAAAUUGGUUAAUAUGGAUUCAGAUUCUGAUAGUAGCACAAGUGAUAACGAAUACAUUAGUGAAGAAUCUGAUGAAAGUAUUUCAGAUAAGAAAACUGAGAUUGAGGAUGAUUCUGAAGAUGAAGUUAUUAAAGCUAUUAAACGCGAAUGUGAAAGAAAAAAUAAUCAUCCACCAGUAAUUAAUUGUGAUGAUUUUAUUACAGACAUUUGUUUUCAUCCUGUAAGUGAUAUCCUAGCUGUUGGAAGUAUACUAGGAGAUGUAAUUUUUUACAAGUACAGUACUGAAGAAAACCAGGAAAUAAGUAGGCAGGAAUUACAUACAAAAGCAUGCAGAGACCUUGAAUUUAGUGAAGAUGGAAAACUGUUAUAUACUACUUCCAAGGAUAAGUCAAUAAUGAUCAGUGAUGUUGAGAGUGAAAAACUUAUAAAAUUCUAUGAAAAUGCACACGAUUGUCCUAUAUAUUGCUUAAGUAUUAUAGAUGAGAGUAUGUUUGCUACAGGUGAUGACGAUGGAACAAUAAAACUUUGGGAUAGUAGACAAAAAGAUGGUCCUAUUUAUAAAACAAAGAGGAAUGAAGAUUAUAUAAGUGAUAUUGUUACUGAUGAAGCUCAUAGAUACCUAUUAUGUUCUAGUGGUGAUGGAUCACUUACAACAUUAAAUUUAGAGAAAAGAUGUGUUCAGAUGCAAUCAGAAGAAUACGAUGAAGAACUGACGUGUCUUGGACUGUUUCGAACUGAAACUAAAUUGAUCGCUGGUUCAUCAAAGGGCAAAUUAUUCAUUUAUAAUUGGAAUGAAUUUGGUCUUCACAGCGAUGCCUUCCCAGGCCCUAAGACUGCAAUUAAUUGUCUUAUACCUGCCACUGAAAAUAUUGUCAUUACAGGUGGUGAAGAUGGUAAUAUAAGAGCAACACAUUUAUUCCCUCAUAGACAAUUAGGGAUUGUUGGACAGCACGAUAUGUCUGUAGAACAUAUGGACAUAUGCAACGAUGGAACAUUUAUUGCUUCCAGUGGUCACAAUAAUGAAAUAAAGUUUUGGAAUAUUCAGUACUUUGAACAGUGUGAAAAAGUUAGUUCUAAGCAUAAAAAACACGAAAGGAAGAAGGACCUUGAAAAUAAUUUGCCAUCCUCAAAAAUUAAAAAUGUUUCUGACUUUUUCAGUGAUUUAACAUAAGAAAGAAUUAUGUUUCUUGUAUUUAAUAAAACUUGUAAAAGAACUGUAAAAAUAA